GAAGCUUCUAUUUUCUGUUUCUGCCACAGCGCUAUUGACCAUCAGUAACCAAAGUUAACCAUCGCACUGUAUGUUUAUUACUCUCGGUGACUCCAAGCUAAUUUCCUGCAACAGUAAUGGUAAUGCUACGCGCCAUCUUGACGACAUCUUCGCCUCUCUGUUCUAUUUUAUGCGCUCUCAGUACUGCUAUCUUCGGCAAGUGGUCUGCUUGCAAAGGAAGAACCCGAAACCAGAGCAUACUUGCCGUCGAUGAGCCGAUCGUACUCCAUUACAGGAUAAGGAGUAUCCAGGUGACCGCUUUAUUUGUCUUUGCUAACGUUUCAUUUAUCUGUCCAGGACAUUAUCAAAAGUUUUGGAGCGCCCGUGCUUGAUACCCCUGGUAUUAUACUCUGGAGCCAUGUUCUUCAAACGGUUGACCUACGGGCGUGGGAAGCUGCUGAAACGGUGAAUUAUUGUCUCACAGCUCAAUCUACGG